ACUCGCCCUUUUCAUUGGUUCCUUCUGAGAGCUUUGGGAUGGGCACAAUUCUGGUGGAGCGGGUGCCACAACAAUGCCUGGAGAGGCUCUCCGUCAGGGACAGGGAGUGGAAGAAGAAGGUGCCGUGGAGCAGCAACAGGCCUGAUGUGGUCAGCACCAAAAUGGGCAGGCGGCAGUCACAAAGGAAGUCACUGCAACCAGAGUAUACGCCGCCAAGUCAGAAAAAUAACAAUGAGAAGAAGCUGCAGCAGAGAAGAAAGCAGAAACCUAACACCCCCUCGACCUGCGUUACUUCUCAACACAGUGCUCAGGGAACCUCAGAGCCAAAUUCUCGCCCGCUGUGCCUCGCAGAGGACAGGAUGGAACUGAAGGUGCGGCCGGUUGCUCAGCACUGCGGCCACAGGGAACACAAGCACACAGGUUUGAGAGGGAGCAGACACACACCGGCCUUUCCCUGCCACCGCCUACCUCCUAUGAGUCCUGAUCCGCAUGAGGAACCGUCCCCAAACCCAAAGGUAGGGAGCCCGAGCGGCCAUGGAGAGGGGGAUAGUGACACCGACUUGUCUGAGUCGGAGAGACUUCCUGCGUCGCCCUGUGGUCGCGUUCCUCCACAGCUCCAGCUGAGGCCGGAGGUCAUCGAGGCUGAGGACUGCUCCUCUUGCAGGCCCAGAGGACACAACCACGGUGGUUUGGACUUCCCAGACUUCCUCCCUCCGCCUUUCAACUCCUGGAGCCUCGGUCAGCUGGCCGUCUUCUACAACACGGAGGGCCGGGGGGCCCCUCGGCCCAGGCCCGUGGGCCCUUUGGAAAGGUACAUUGAGAGGAUGCUGCAGCUGGAGUGGCGCCAGAUUCAGACUGUCCAGGAGGAGGGCGGGAUGCCGGCGGUGUCAGAUGUCGUAUCCAGCUGCCAUAGGUCGUUCGCUGCCGCCUCGUCGCGCCUCAGCUCUCCGAAGUGCAUCCUCCAGUGUCAACGUUCCUUCCCCCUCAACUUCCUGUCCUCUCUGGCCAGUCACUGCGCCCUGCUCUCCGGUUGCGCCUGCACCCUCUGCCGCCUCCGCUACUCCGCCUGCAGCACGCCAUCGUCGUGCUGCCGCUCCCCCCGCCAGUCCAGACUGAGUCCCACGCCGGAGUGCAGCAAGGGCCCCGCAUCGCUCCCCAAAAGGAGCUACAGCGAGAGCCGGGUGUACUCCGCGGACAGGAGCUCUGCGUCCCGAGCUCAGAGGUUCGGCAGCCCCGCGAGGACCAACAGCCACCUGAGGAGAAUGCAGGCCUCAGGCAACAUCCGCAACCCCGUUCACGGUGCUAACGCCAAGCCUCAGUCCACUGCCAGAGACUCAAGUGUCGGAGACCGUUUGGGAGCGCGGGGGGGCGUGUUGGACUACAGGCCUGGGGGAUUUCGGAGGAGGAGUGGCUCUGAGCAGAGAAGAGGUGGAGUCGAGAGACAACAAGGUGCAUCGGAGAAAAGACGAAGCGGCUCCGAGUGUAGAAGAGGAGGAGCCGAGUGGAGGAGAGAGGCUGAGCUCAGGGAACAAGAAAUAAAACCAGAUGCCCUCACUGCAAUAAUGGACAAUUUACCUGGGUCCAAGAAUUGUCCAAUAAACCGACCAAACAGACCGAAACAGGUUGAAUUUGUUACAUAACAGCAAGUUGAGGGUUGUGAGUGUAAUCACAGCUGCAGUCACUUUUAUUAUUUGAUUAUGAAUGUAUAUUUUCAAUAUUUUUUCCUUAUUUGAACAGACUGACAAAGUGCAGCAAGACUGUAAAUGUACUUUUUUGUCUUGAGUGGAUGUUUUGCCAGUUUUUUAGCUAUUUAUUGUUGCAUUACUACAUUUAAUCCAAUUGCAGUCAAAUAAGCUAAUUCGACUGUGGAUGUUUACAUGCAUUAUCGAUACAUACAAUAAAUCCUUUGAGCAUGUGGAUAUUUAUUAUAGUUUUCGAUUGAAAUCAACCCAGGGAGCCUUCGUCAGCACAAUACACAAUGUAUAUAUUUGUACGCAGGAGUUUUCAACACACCACUAGUGAUUCUGUUUUGGUCAGUCUAAAAAGUAACUGCAUAAUUAAAGUUUACCAAACAAUUGUAAUUGAAGUGUGUGAUUCAUCAAAGUCAUGGGUACACAUGUGGAAAAAGCUCUGUGAAGGUAAAGGAGGAAAUACUGGCGGAAACCUUGCUGCAUCCGGCAAGACAACUUCAAGUUUGAGAUUUUCUGAGGUCAACUCAGUGUCUGGACCUCAUUCCAAUAUACCUUUAAUGGCUGGACCUGUAUAUUGCUGUUCACUUAUGGUCUCUGUGGCUCUUAACAGAGCCUGAUCAGUUUGGAGAGAAGAAUGGGGGGAGAUUUUGCAAAGCGGGACAAAUAAUCCCAUUGAAUCAAUCACAGCCUAUUUUGUCAGGUGAUAACGUCCCAGAGGAGAUCUGAGCGGUGGAGGUGAGUCAUUGUAGUAGGCUAAUGCAGUUUGAGUGUUGAAAGAUAAAUGCCCAUUGGGAUACAUACACUUAGAAUGAAAGUUUGUUUUCUUAAUGUAGCUUUGAAAAUACUUUGUGUACACCUUUGUAUAUUACAGAUCGUGUAAAUGUAAGCCUCUAAAAAGAAAGAAAGAAAUAGAUGUUCACAUCACAAAAUGUUUGUCAGAGAAACUAAGUUGCUAAAAUACAGGGCAAGUAAAUAUUAUCCUGGUGCUAAAUGCUGGUGUAUCUUAGAUUAAUGUUCAUAUCUAUCAUCUAUAAGGACUGU